GUUAAUCGCGGGCGCUCCAUGCUCCAUGCAGUCCGCGCCGAGAGAGCUCGAUAGCGAGAGUACAGUGACGGUUAGCGCGUUGUUGACGGUGGUGACGGUGGUAGUUGGCGGCAAUCGCCGCUGCUGAUUAAAGGUACGACACGCAGACGAGACACGCGCGCGUAACAACGCGGCCAUGCUAUAGCAUUUGCCGCGUACACUCGACGCCGCUACGUGCUGACAAGCAUUGCCGUCGUCGUCGUCGUCGUCGUCGUCCGUGCUGUUCUCUCCUCCAUCGUCGAUCAUGAGCAACGUGGUGCACAGCCCGGGUGGGCUGGCGAGACUGUCGACAUUCCUGGGCGCUCCGGAAGCCGCACUGCGUCUCCUCAUCUCAAUUUUACUAGGAUUCCCUGUUGCCCUUCUUCAUAGGUAUACACUCUACGGCAAAGAUCCUAUUCGUCAACAUUUAUUUUUCAUAGCGUGCGGUCUCUCAAUUGGUUACUGGAAUUACGAUUAUAACAUACUUCAUUCAUCAACGGCGGUAUGCGGAACGUAUCUGAUUCUGACGGUUCUCGGCAGCAGCGGGUUAUCCGUCAUAGUAACAUUUCUCUUCAACAUGAUGUAUCUACUUUAUGGCUAUUACACCACCAGUACCCAAGAUUACGAUAUAAAAUGGACAAUGCCGCAGUGUGUGCUAACCCUUAGAUUAAUAGGACUUGCAUUUAAUUUAUGGGACGGUCAAAAACGUGACGAGGAGCUCUCCGAUAGUCAAAAACGGGUUAUCUUGAAGAAACGACCAUCGCUAUUGGAAAUUGCGGCGUAUGCUUAUUUUCCGGGCGCCUUCCUGAUCGGACCGCAGUUCAGUAUGCAACGAUACUUGGACUAUGUCAAUGGUCAGCUCGCAGAACGCGAUCCUCAAACUGGUGCUAUCAAGUUGCCAGAUUGCGUGUCGGCGGGAUUGCUACGAGCUUUUAUCGGAUUCAUAUAUGUAGUGAUAUUCCAAAUCGGUACAGUUUACGUUUCUGAUCAGUAUCUCUUUGAACCGUCAUUCCAGAAGCUAAAUUUAAUAAAGAAAUGCUUGGUAAUUGGCUUAUGGGGCCGCAUCAAUCUCUACAAAUACAUCAGCGUUUGGCUAAUCACUGAGGGAGUGUGCAUCGUCUUUGGUCUUACAUAUAAUGGAAAAGACUCUGAAGGUCGUGUUAAGUGGGACGGUUGCGCAAAUGUUAAACUGCGAACAUUCGAAACUACCAUGCAGUUCAAUGACUACAUUCUCUCGUUCAACAUAAAUACCAACCACUGGUGUGCGGAGUACAUUUACAAGAGACUGAAGUUUCUAGGUUCAAAAAUGUACAGUCAAAUAAUGACUCUACUCUUCCUUGCUCUCUGGCACGGUUUUCACUCUGGAUACUAUCACUGUUUCUUUAUGGAAUUUGUUGUAUUAUAUUUCGAGCGAGACAUUGGACCGGUAUUAAAGAACAGCGAGAUAGUACAAACGCUGCUGAAAACACGAUGGGAAGCACGCGUUCUCGCUUGGAUCUUUCUGAAGCUUUACACUUUUGUUUUCAUGGGCUAUAGCCUCGUAUCGUUCGUACUUCUCUCGUAUCCGCGGUAUAACCAAGUUUACGCUAGUUUGUAUUAUUGCGGACAUGUGUUCUUCCUAUCUUAUCCGCUGCUCGCGCCGUACAUUAAACGAUUACUUGGUCAAAGACAUGAACGUCAGCGAUCGCACCGAGAAUAAGAUAAUACGAUCUCUUUUUUUCUUUUUCUUCGAUAUUAUUAAGGUAUUGUACUUGUUUUUCUUUCCAUCGUUCGAAUCGACUUUAGAAGACAUGCAGCUGUAGUGUAAUGGACGCUGAUCUAGUUAUGUUCACUUACAGUCAUUAGUCUUCAAAAGAAAUGUGAUAGCGCAUAUCCAACGGAAGAUACGGGAAAUAAUAAGGCAUAUUGUCAUUACUACCACGUUUCGUACGGUUAUGAAUUCUUAUAACAUGAUGUUAUAAAUUUCCGUCGCUUAAAUAUAACCUCGACGAUCGAGUGCAGCAAGUAAAAAAUUCCUUUGAAGAAUUUGUAAUCCGUCGCUGAAACGAAAUAGCGGUAGUAAUGGGAUAUACUUACUCAUAUUACAAUUAAGAACAUUAUUAAUUUGUAAAUCGAUGCACCGUUCAAAGAAAAUUCCGCUGGUCGGUAAUUUCGUGUGCCUGUACUUGGAAGUAUCUACGAUCAAACUUUGCGACACAAAAAUUCACGAAAUACCAACAAUAAUUCUAGAUACUUCAGUAUUUUCC